GAGCUGGUGGAAAGGCGGUACUGAGCCCGCCAUCUUUGGUCCAUUUCAGCUGCUGCAGCUGGAGCUGGAGCGACGGCGAAGCCGGAACGCGGAGCCCAGCUGAUCCCAGCAGAGCCGAACCAUGGACGAGGAGUACGAUGUGAUCGUGCUGGGCACGGGGCUCACGGAAUGUAUUCUCUCUGGCAUCAUGUCUGUGAAUGGGAAGAAGGUGUUGCACAUGGAUCGGAAUCCGUACUAUGGCGGGGAAAGCUCCUCUAUCACACCCCUGGAAGAGUUGUUCAAACGGUUUGAACUCCCUGAGGGGCCCCCUGAAAGCUUGGGCAGGGGCCGAGACUGGAACGUUGACCUGAUCCCCAAAUUCCUCAUGGCCAAUGGUCAGCUGGUGAAGAUGUUGCUGUACACCGAAGUGACCCGCUACCUCGACUUUAAAGUGGUGGAAGGCAGUUUUGUCUACAAGGGGGGCAAGAUCUACAAGGUGCCAUCUACCGAGACUGAGGCCUUGGCCUCCAACCUGAUGGGCAUGUUUGAGAAACGCCGAUUUAGAAAGUUCUUGGUGUUCGUGGCAAACUUUGAUGAGAAUGACCCCAAGAGCUUUGAGGGUGUCGACCCUCAGACCACCACCAUGAGAGAUGUGUAUAAGAAGUUUGACUUGGGCCAAGAUGUUAUUGACUUCACUGGCCAUGCUCUGGCACUCUACCGAACCGAUGACUACUUGGACCAGCCCUGCCUUGAGACCAUCAACCGCAUCAAACUCUAUAGCGAGUCCUUGGCCCGUUAUGGAAAGAGCCCCUACUUGUACCCUCUCUAUGGCCUGGGUGAGCUACCCCAGGGAUUUGCAAGAUUGAGUGCCAUCUAUGGUGGGACAUACAUGCUGAACAAGCCUGUGGAUGACAUCAUCAUGGAGAAUGGAAAGGUGGUAGGAGUAAAGUCCGAGGGGGAGGUGGCACGUUGCAAGCAGCUGAUCUGUGACCCCAGCUACAUCCCUGACCGGGUUCGAAAGGCUGGCCAGGUCAUCCGAGUCAUCUGCAUCCUCAGCCACCCCAUCAAGAAUACCAAUGAUGCCAACUCCUGCCAAAUCAUCAUUCCCCAAAAUCAGGUCAACAGGAAAUCAGACAUCUAUGUGUGCAUGAUCUCCUAUGCCCACAACGUGGCUGCCCAAGGAAAGUACAUCGCCAUCGUCAGCACCACCGUGGAGACGGCUGAGCCUGAGAAGGAGAUAGAGCCGGCGCUGGAGCUCCUGGAACCUAUUGAUCAGAAGUUUGUGGCCAUCAGUGACUUGUACGAGCCAACAGACAACGGACUGGAAAGCCAGGUUUUCUGUUCCUGUUCCUAUGAUGCCACCACUCACUUUGAGACGACCUGCAAUGACAUCAAAGAUAUUUACAAGCGCAUGGCUGGGACAGACUUUGACUUUGAAAACAUGAAGCGGAAACAGAAUGACGUCUUUGGAGAGGAUGAGCAGUGAUGGCAGGAAGUAAUCCCUCCCCCCUCCCUCCCUCCCUUCGCACCAAGGUUCUUCCCUCCCUCCUUCCUAUUUUUUUCUACUUUGAGGCUCAAGGGGAAGGCUAGGAUGGGUCACAUGAGUCUGCAAUGUGCCCCUCCCUCCCUCCCCUCCCCCUCCCGUAGGCCCCCUUCUAAUGAAUUCCAUGUGGUGACCAAACCCUAGCUUGGCGCCUGGGGCACGCCUCCUUUCUUCUCCCUGCCCCCCCUCCCCCAGGGAGUCUGGCCUUCUCCUAUUCUCUCCUCCAGCCCACCUCCCCACACAUACAGUGAGUGACCCUCUGUGUGCCCUUUCCCCCACUCCUUUGCCUCUCUGGUGCUUUUCUGUUGGGGGAGGCGGGGCUGGAGAGCGAAGGCAGCCCCGCCCAAGGCUCCCGGUGGGGUGGGUCUCCUGUCCCUUCUGGAACUCGCCUGUCUCUGCUCGCGCUCUCUCUGCUUCAGCCUCUAACAGCCUAAUGGGUUAUCCUUUGUCUUGACUGGGAGCUGGGCUGGGGGGGCCGCCGCCGCCGCCGCCGCCAAUUCUCUUUCCAGCCCCUUUCUCCCUUAAUUUAUUUUAACUUAUUAAUAUCUCUCCAUAGUGACGCCCCCUUCCUUCCUGGCCCCGCCAAGCUAAUUUAGUGCCCCCGCCCUGGUACUGUCCACGCUGUAUUAAUCUUCCCCUUCCUUCUUUGUGGGAGAGGGAGACCCUUCCCCUGUCCCUGUGCCCAGUGCUGCAGCCACGCCAAGGCCGGCGGGCCAGACUGAGGGCAAGCUGAGAAGAGGAGGUGGAGUUGGGGAAGGGGCCGCCCCCCACCCCAUCCCCACCCCCCGCCGCGCUGGCCCGCCCCCGCCCCACCCCUCCCUGCCUUCCCCCCCACCCCCCAGGCCGUGGGGGGCGGGGCCAAAUGUCGCCAAGUGACUGUGUGUGUCUCCCGCUUAUGUGUAUCGGACCGGAGAAACAAGUCCCCAAUAAAGCCUGUUGUGAAAAA